UCCCGUUCCCACAAUGCUAUGCGGCUGAGCGCUUCCGAGCCCGCGGGGACGCUGCAGGGGGACCCCGGCUGAGGCGGCAGCGGGGACGUGAGCUGCGGCAGGCCCGCGGCGUCGGGCGGUGCGGAUGUCGGGCUGGGCGGACGAGCGCGGCGGCGAGGGCGACGGACGCAUCUACGUGGGGAACCUUCCGACCGACGUGCGCGAGAAGGACUUGGAGGAUCUCUUCUACAAGUACGGCCGCAUCCGCGACAUCGAGCUCAAGAACCGGCACGGCCUCGUGCCCUUCGCCUUCGUGCGCUUCGAGGACCCGCGAGAUGCUGAGGAUGCAAUUUAUGGAAGGAACGGUUAUGAUUAUGGCCAGUGCCGGCUUCGUGUGGAGUUCCCCAGGACUUACGGAGGUCGGGGUGGGUGGCCCCGUGGUGGGAGGAAUGGGCCUCCUACAAGAAGAUCUGAUUUCCGAGUUCUUGUUUCAGGACUUCCUCCAUCAGGCAGCUGGCAGGACCUGAAAGAUCAUAUGCGAGAAGCUGGGGAUGUCUGUUACGCAGAUGUGCAGAAAGAUGGAAUGGGGAUGGUUGAAUAUCUCAGAAAAGAAGACAUGGAAUAUGCCCUGCGUAAACUGGAUGACACCAAAUUCCGCUCUCAUGAGGGUGAAACUUCCUACAUACGCGUUUAUCCAGAGAGAAGCACCAGCUAUGGCUACUCACGGUCUCGGUCUGGGUCAAGGGGCCGUGACUCUCCAUACCAAAGCAGGGGUUCCCCACACUACUUCUCUCCUUUCAGACCCUACUGAGACAGGUGAUGGGAAUUUUUUUCUUUAUUUUUUAGGUGAACUGAGCUGCUUUGUGCUCAGAAUCUACAUUCCAGAUUGAUGAUUUAGUGUCUUAGGAAAUUUUUUUAAUUUUUUUUUUUAAGGAAAUAAAACUACAUAAUUUCUACCAGGGCCAUAUUAGCAGUGAAACAUUUUUAACUGCGGAAAUUAUGGUCUUGGUUCAGAAACAAGUUGUAUAUUUUUCACCCCUGAUGAUGGGAAAAAAACCAGUGCUGUAUCUUUGUGGGUUGCUCUUCUACGGAGAUCAGCUGUUACUGUGACUUAAGUCGGCCCAUUCUGUUUAGAAAUAUAUUUUAAACGUUUAGUAAUU